UAAAGUGAAAUACCGAGUUUUAUAACCGAGAUGAGAAGGCGACCGUGUUACAUACAUAAUAUGUAUGUCAUAUACAAAUACACAGAGAGGUGACAGUUGGAGCGCGAAAGUGAGCGAAUCCGUGCUCGUGGAGGUCGCUAUCGCGCGAGAGUUGAUUAUAAACACAUCUCGUGAAGGAAAGGGGGGGCUGGCGCGCAUAUACCAGACAUACCAGUAUAUACCCGUCUCUUCUGUAAAUCUCGGCGCGGUCGCAGUCGGCGACGGGUCGAACGACGUAGUAGCGGAUGGAUCGCGAUUCGAGCCGUUCGCUCGGUUGAAAAUGAUGCGCGCCUGCGACGGGACGUUCGAUGUACUAUUGGAGAGAUUCCGGGCCAGCGGCGCCGUCGCGACGACAACGACGACGACGUCGACAACGGCAGCGGCAGCGGUGGUGAACGACGGGGACGGGACGACGGAGGAGGCGACGUCAAGAAAGUGCGAGGGGCAGCUGUCUUCGCUGAACGCGGCGAACAGCUGUUCGUCCUACAAGCCUGCGAAUCGUAUGACAGAAAUGGCGCAAGAGGACCACGGACCGUCCUGGAACAAUCUGCCCAGCGUUAUCUUGCAGGAGAUAUUCUCAUAUUUGUCGCACGAAUCCAGAAUAAUAGCCUCCCAGGUGUGCAGAAAUUGGAGGUACACUCUGUUCCAUCCAAGUUUUUGGAAAAAAAUCACUUUUGUCUUCAGAGACGAAGACAGCGUUUUGUGGGCUCGAACUUUGGCAAAUUAUUUUGCUUUGAGUGUGCAUGAAGCUACGAUUCGUUGGGAUCAACCCAGAUACAUUGAUUACGUGGGUGAAACGUACAAGCUCUUGAAACAAUUAAGUCAUAAUAAACAGUUGAGAAAAUUGUUUUUGGAAUUUAAUAGCAAUGUCUAUGACUUUUCCUUCGACAACGAAGAUGACAGUAACUGUUAUCGUUCCACAUUAAUGGAAUCUGUGGCAAAUAUUAUCGAGACUUCUAAUUAUCUGGAGGCCCUAAGUUUAGGAUGCACGGAAGAGUUGAUAAUGAAUAUGUUUGUAAUUUUGGAACCUCUUCGUCUUCAUCAUGCCAAACAUUUAACGCACCUCAGUCUGGCAUCUGUUAAGGACGACCCUGAUUAUUAUGAUUUUUUCGAACUCGAUAACACUAUUUUUAAUUCAUUUAUCAGAUUAUCUGUCUUAACUCUGGAUUAUGAGUUUGUCAGUGAUACUUUAUUAAAGGCGUUAGACAACGGAUGUAUGCAAAGACUUGUGAUUCAUGUACAUGGAUGGAAAAACGAUUAUCCGGGAACAACAAAUAGAGCUUGGCAAAUGUUUAGUCAGAAGAAUCCACAAUGUGAAUUAAGGCUCAACCUUAUACACUCUUAUGCCGGCGUUAAGGUUUUAGACAUCGACAUAUUCUGUCCUGCUAUGCCACUGACGCAUUUGAAAGUAUUAUUUUGUGAAAACGUUAACAACAGGGCAUUGCUUCGAUUAUCAAUGUGGUAUUCGCAUACACUGAAAUCAUUGACAUGGAUAGACUCGAUAGAUCGUAAGCAACAGAUGCCAGCUACAUUUGAUCCAAACGAUCCAAAUAGUCCAGAUCCUUUAGUAUUGGUGGCGUGGAAAUGUACUAAGCUUACAAAGAUGGUGUUCCUAGGCCACAAAUAUUAUCAAGAGAAUUUGUUGGCCAUCGCGCGUCUCAGAGGUAAUACUCUUGAAUUGCUGGUAUUUGCAAAAAGUGAUAUCACAUCUGAAAAUGAAUCGUGGCACAAAGCUGAAAGUAUCACGCAUGAAAUCCGAGAUAUAAUGGGUUUACAUUGGAUGCCGCUGAGCGAUUCGGACCUACCAAUGGUGAUAUUGAAUCCUUUCAAAGGCGACAGCAGAGAAGUGAUUAUGCCAUUGGUUCUCAGCGAUCAAAAAUAAUUCUCGAUGAGAAGCCAAGGAAAAUUUCUACUCAGUGUGAUUACCCAAUAAUCAUUUCCAGACCACCAACAUUCUCAGAAGUAACGUUAUCAAAUUGCAUCUUUUAUUGUUCUAUGAGAUUUUUUAUUUAACGGGAAAUUAUAGAUGAAACACGCGUACAAGUUCGAAAUCUCGUUAUCAACGGCAUUAUCGUUUCAUCGAGUUGAGAAUCUUACUGGGUACAAUGAUGAGAUAUAGAGAGAUAAACGCACAUAUAAUCUCCUCGUUUAUGAUAUUUCUGUCGAUUCGUAUAUCAAUGUGAUAAACUAUAGUCAAGUAGAUCUAUUUCGACUUGUUGAUGGUAUAUUCAAUGCAAAUUACGACACAUUUGCAAACAAUGAGACGAUCUCUUCAGCUAAAAGAGACGAUCUCUUCAAUGAUUUAUAUGCAUUGUAACUUUCUUCUUAUGGGAAACCAUAUGAAUCGCGUUUUGAUGUUGACAAAGUAAUGCUAGAAAUGAUCACGCGUACAUAUAUUAAGGCAUUAAGAACGAUAAAUAAUUGUCCUUAUCGCCUAUAAAAAAUCGAUAUUGAAAAGAAACCAGAAUACAUUUUAUAUAAUUACAAUACUAUUCUGGUCAAAGAGAGCUGUGCAUUUUAACGACAUGGCUGAAGAACAAGAUUGCAAUGCAAAGUUUGCAUUGUGAAUCUUUAAAGAGAUCUGUAAAGCUCAGCAAAACUGAAACAAGAAUACGCAAAGGUCUCUUAUCCAGCAGAAAAAGAAAAAGCUGCAGCACAUUGAAGAGAAAAGGAGAGAUUCGGAUCUUGUGAUCUUCCAUUGGAAAGAAUAACAAAAUUCCAAAUGUAUGUAAGUAAAAAAACGCGCGUUCAACAACAUAUUUUUCCAAUUCUCUGGGAAGUUAGGUAAUAGCGAGCGCCAAGAGCAUGACGUGCGAAAGUCAAACUUCUAGUAAAACUUCGCGAAGAGUUCAUUAAAUAAGCGGCGCACAUGAGUAUAAAGAGUAUCGCGCUCGAGAAAAAGGCAACAAAAGAACGCGAAGUGUCGAUACAGCGAUCCGAGGUUAUUUUUAAUACCAAGACCAAUCGGACGCUUUUGUACAAAUGUUAACGUAUGCGCACCGAAAAAGUCGGCUUGAUAUAAAGUAUGUGAAACAAGCGUGGGCGCGAAAGAAUGAAAAAAAGUCGCUCGAAAUACAGCCUGUUCAUGUAUUGCUUUCGACAGGUGAUAACGAAUAGUAAUCGAAUGUGAGUAAUACUUAAAUAUAUAAUCGUCUAUACUCACCGUGCUCUUAGCGACCGCUGAUGACGAACACACAAAUAUAAGUGUGUAUCUAUAAAAUCGAAGAUAUUAGUCGCUAAUCGUAUAUGUAUGUAUAUGUAUGUAUAACUGUAUUAUCUGUCGAACUUUAAAUACGUCAACAUCCGGACGCAGUGCGCAUCUAUUUCUGUCGUACAAUUAACACUGACGAUUUUUUGAGAGUGUGUUUACAAGAGAGAAAGAGAGAGCGAUCCGUAACAAAGAUAAAAUACCAAAAUGCAGCCGUAUAUACACACAGUUUACUAUUUCGAGAGAUUAUUUACUUUUUUUUUUCGAGCCCUUGUAUAAUUAUAUAUUACAUUAUCGUGUAUCGUAACUUGUAGUCACGUAUAAUAUUGUGUUUUUUAUAUGUGGUUUCUGUACAUACAUCUCCAUGCGUUCGAGACACUGGAUACACGCGCGAACAACGCGGAAUCGCGCGCGGAAGAAUAUACGAAGAGAAAACGAGUAAAAGAAAAAGCGGAGAGACAAGAAACAAGCGGAACAAAAAUGAGAAAACAAUAUAUAAUGGAGAGA